GGAGCAGUGAAUGAUAAAAAAAAUUGAGGGCCUCAAACCAGUGAAUUCAUGGGGAGAGAGGGCAAAUUGGUGCUUUUGAUUCACGAGGGGUCGCCUUCUUGUAAGUUAUAAAUGCCAUCCACAAGAGCGGUUGCUCAGAAUCGCUUCCAAAAACGAAGAAAUCCUUAUAUAAGAGAGGAGCGCCGUCCCUUUCAUGUGAAACUCAACACAGACCCUUCAUCUCGAUCAUUGGCCUCCCCAAGAUUCCUUUUCCUCCCUCCAUAAACCCCCCACAUCCACCAAAGCCUCUCAGGUCAGUACUUUCUCUCUCUCUGUCUCUCUGUCUCUCUCUCUCUGCAACUAUUCUUCCUGCUUUGAAUCACCAUUCACCAGUACCAACCUGGAAUGGUAGAAAGAAGAGGACCCAUGUUAAGAAAAACGUAAAAAGGGAAGAAGAAAGCAACUGCUUAUUUUUAUGCACCCACUUGUUUAUCUUAGGGUUUGGGCUGAGAGGAAGGAAGCGGGGCAGAGGAGGGGUGGUGGUGGCGGCGGGGGUUUUUGGGUGGUGGUGGAAGAAGGGUGGCCAUGGAUGAUUUAGAGAGGGCGAUCAUAAUCAGUUUUGAUGAGUCGGGCAGUGUCGAUCCUGGCCUGAAGUCGCAGGUGACCGCCUACUGCCAGCGGAUUAAGGAGUCUCAAGGAAUCUGCAGAGUCUGUAUGGAGAAGGUUCUAUUCUGCACAUUUCCGCAGGUUCAGUUCUGGUGCCUCAAGACAGUGCAGGAGGUCGUCCGCGACCGUUUCUCGUCUGUGGACGCAGAAGAGCGGUUGUUCGUUCGGAAGUCGGUCGCUUCGAUUGCUUGUGCGGACGGUCUCGACGAGGGAUCGGCGGGAGCGAGGGUUCUGGAUGGUCCGGCCUUCAUUAAGAACAAGCUCGCCCAGGUCUUCGUCACUCUUGUUUUCUUUGAGUACCCAUCGCCGUGGUCGUCGGCCUUCCUCGAUUUCCUGCCGCAUCUGCGCAAGGGUGCGGCGGUGAUCGACAUGUUCUGCAGAGUUCUGAACGCCCUGGACGACGAGCUCAUCAGCCUGGAUUAUCCGAGGAGCCCCGAGGAGGUCAGGGUUUCCGCCCACGUGAAGGAUGCAAUGCGGCAGCAAUGCGUGCCACAGAUUGUGAGGGCUUGGUACGAUGUGGUUGUCCUGUACAAGAGCUCCAAGCCGGAGCUUGCGGCCUUCGUCCUGGACACAAUGCGGAGGUACGUCAAUUGGAUAGAUAUCGGAUUGAUCGCGAAUGACGUCUUCCUCCCCAUGCUCUUCGAGACUAUCCUCGUCGAUGGGCACCCUGAUCAGUUGCGGGCGUCUUCAGCAGGGUGCGUUCUGGCAAUGGUGUCGAAGAGAAUGGAGCCGAAGGCAAAGCUCACGCUCUUGAGGAGCUUGCGUAUCAGUAGGAUUUUUGGAAUGGUUGUCGAAAAUGAAGAAUCUGAAUUGGGUUCUAGUUUGGGUUCGCUGCUGCUCGGGUACGCCACAGAGGUGUUGGAGUGUUCGAAGCGACUGGAAUCGGAGGAUAUUUAUAAUGAGAGUGUGGAGCUCUUGGACGAGGUGUUGCCAUCUAUUUUCUACGUGAUGCAACGCAGUGAAGAGGAGACGACAUUCAGCUCUCUGCAGUUCCUCUCCGCUUACGUCUCUAAGAUGAAGACGUUGUCACCGUUGAAGGAGAAGCAGAUGCUGCAUUUGGGUCAGAUACUGGAGGUGAUUCGCGGGAAGAUUCGUUACGAUCCUGCUUAUAGGGAAAGUCUCGAUUUGCCUGAUAAGAUUGGGAGAGAAGAGGAAGAGAGGAUGACCGAGUACAGAAAAGAUCUGUUCGUAUUGUUCCGGAGCGUGUCGAGGAUUGCGCAAGACGUCACUCAGUUGUUCGUCAUGAAUUCAUUGGCAGCAGCAGUAUUGGGUUCUGCAGAAGUAGAGUUUGAGGACGUAGAGUCGGCGAUAUCGCUUUUUUACGCACUUGGAGAGGCGAUUAACGAGGAAGGGAUCAGAACUGGAACUGGGCUGUUAAGUGAGAUGAUGCCGAUGCUUCUGUCAGCAAAAUUCUCCUUUCACUCACAUAGACUGGUAGCUCUUGUUUACUUGGAGACGAUAAGCAGAUAUGUCGGGUUCGUUCAUGAGCACACUCAAUAUAUCCCACUUGUUCUGGCCGCGUUUCUGGAUGAGAGAGGUAUUCGUCAUCCCAACAUCAAUGUCAGCCGUCGUGCAAGUUAUCUGUUUAUGAGAAUAGUGAAGGUAUUGAGAGUAAACCUUCUGCCGUUCAUAGAGACGAUCUUGCAGAGCUUGCAAGAUACUAUGGUUCGUUUGACACGGUUGGAAUGGGCAUUGAAAGACCUGGAUGGAAGCCACAUAUUUGAGGCAAUAGGAAUGUUGAUUGGAAUGGAGGAUGUAUCCCCGGAGAAGCAGUCGGAAUACCUCUCCUUGUUGCUCAUUCCUCUCUGUCAGCAGGUCGAUACACUGCUUUCAAGUGUCAAAACAGAUGAUGAUCCUGCAGAAUUAUCUGCAAAAGUAGCAUAUGUCCAACAAAUAAUCUCGGCAAUAAAUUCACUUAGCAAGGGCUUUAGCGAGCGACUUGUUACAGCUAGCCGACCGACCAUUGGCAUCAUGUUUAAGCAGACAUUGGAUGUUCUCCUUAAGGUUCUCCUGGUAUUCCCAAAGAAUGAACAACUAAGGACAAAGGUCACAUCUUUUGUUCAUCGCAUGGUCGACACUCUAGGAGCAUGCAUAUUUCCGUACCUACCUAGGGCAUUGGAGCAGUUGCUUGUGGAUAGUGAGACAAAAGAAAUGGUGGGCUUUCUGGUGUUAAUCAAUCAAUUGAUACUCAAGUUCAAGACUGCAAUGGGCAGCAUCAUGGAAGAAAUAUUUCCUUCUAUUGCAAGUCGUGUGUUCCAUGUUCUUCCGAAGGAUUUAUUUCCCUCAGGGCCAGGAAGUAAUACUGAGGAAAUCCGUGAACUACAGGAGCUUCAACGCACCUUGUUUACAUUUCUCCAUGUCAUGACCACCAAUGAUCUGUCUUCUGUUUUGCUUGCUCCUAAUAGCAGGGGAUAUUUGGAUGCAGUAAUUCAGUUGCUCUUAUAUAAUGCUUGCGGACACAAAGACAUCCUCAUCCGGAAGGCUUGUGUGCAGAUUUUUGUGAAACUCAUAAAAGAUUGGUGUUCCAGGUCUAAUGGUGAAGAAAAGGUACCUGGUUUUCGGACAUUUAUUAUUGAGUCAUUUGCACCCAACUGUUGCUUAUAUAGUGUGCUGGACAGUUCCUUUGAGCUGCGUGAUGCCAAUACACUUGUCCUUCUUGGGGAAAUUGUUGUGGCUCAGAAAGUCAUGUACGAGAAUCUUGGUGAUGAAUUUCUUAUUCAUUUCGUGACAAAGGGCUUUCCAGCAGCGCACUGCCCACAAAAUCUAGCUGAACAGUAUUGCCAAAAAUUACAGAGUGGCGACAUGAAGACACUGAAGUGCUUCUACCAGUCGCUUAUUGAGAGCUUGAGAUGCCAACAGAAUGGAAGCCUUGUGUUCAGAUAGCACUAUGCACCUGGGUUCCCAUUCUUCCAGCGGAACUUUCCUUGAGCUGACGUGUCACUGGUUUUCUGGAUUGGUAUUCUGUUCCAACAGUGCGUAGCUUGAGCUGAUUUAUUGCUGCUGUUUCAACUAUAAUCUAGUUCCCAACCUCGAAACCUUCAUGCAAUUUUGGUUGCUUCAGGAUUGCUUCUGUGAAUAGGCCAUGUUUCCGUGGCUGUUUCUUUAUCUGAGAGAAGGUGUAUAUUAUCGGGAAUCAUUUCAUUCGCUGUGGUGGGUGAGAGAAUCGUACCACUUAAUGGAUGUGUGAAAGCAAGAGGUUUCCAGCAUUCUACCUCAUGUAAAUUAUAAAUAGGAGCAACUAGCGAAAAGGAAAAAAAAAAAGUAAUAGAUGGCGGCAGUAUCCUAUGUAUAUUAUAGUUUUCCUGAAGAUACCGGUACUGCUUUCAUAAGUUUGCCCAGUUUUCUGGUUUUUUGUUCUUUUUCCCCACGUUUCAGAAUAAUGCCUCAUUACAGGGCUGAAAAUUUUGACUACCAUUUUUGUUAUUCGUGUUAUUGGUUGAAUCGGAGGAAUCAUUUCUUAUAGAAACAUUAAUAAAAUUUGUAGAUUUUGGGGGACUUCAA